AAUGUCUGAGAAGAAAGAUUUAAUAAAGGAAGCAUUAAAACGAAGAUAAGGAGGUGGCAAGAGUCGUAAGAUUAUUGUCUAAAGAUUAUCUAGCAUCAAAAUCAUCUGAAACAGGAGGUUAAUCAGGAUUAAAUUUCUAUUCAGGCGAUGUCUCAUCUCUAAAAGUUCAACCUAAUACAGUAUUAAUAAUCAGUCUUGUAUAUUUGGGAAUUGUUGUGCUCUUACAUAUUUUCAGCAAACUUAGAUCAGGAGGUGCAGAAACUUCAACUGAAGGACCCUGAU